AAAAAAUAAAAAAAUAAAAAAUAAUAGAACUUUUUUUUUCCGUUGUCGAGUCAGAGCCGCAAUUCGCUUCUCUCCCACCCAAAUUUUAAUUCAUAUCCUCUUAUCGCUAUUAGCCCAAACCAGACCCCUCCCAUUCCCUCUCAAUUCCGUGAUCGGUCUCGGAACCUCGACGUAAAGCAAAGCUGAGCAAAACUCAGCCUCGGCCGGUGCAGCGGCACGGAGCCAUACGGAGCAAAAAAGAAUUACCUCAGAAAUCCAUCACUCGUCAUAUCUGUCACGUUCAAUUGGGUUGUUUUUAUUAGUCAAUUGAGAGUGCAUGGAUGGCCACACGGUUGCUGGCGCCGUUUCGGCGCCGUCAACGAGCCCUACCAGCCCCGUGAGCGUCCACCGCCAUGGCUCUAUGAAGCGAAAGCGCAGCGAAGGGGGCCUCGGAGUCGAAAGCAGUCCUGGUAGCGUUAUCGGCGACGAAGACCAGUCUCUUGCCGAACCCGAAAAGAAGAGACAACCCGGCGUGAAGCGAGCGUGUAACGAAUGUAGGCAGCAGAAACUUAGGUGCGAUGUUGUUCAAGAACCAUUCCAGAGUUGUUCGAGGUGUAACCGUCUAAAACUCGAGUGCAAGAUCGAGUCCAAUUUCAAGCGGAUCGGAAAGAGGUCGAAACAUGCUGAGAUGGAAAAAGAGAUCGAUCGGUUACGUCGCAAGAUAGCCCAAGCUAAGGCUCAGGGCUUUGUAAUGGACGAUGAUGAAGACCUGCAAUCGCAAUUGCAAUCCCCCGUCGCAAAUAGUGCGUAUUCGCAUACCCGAAAUCCUUCGCUCAUGGGGUCCGAUGAGGCUGUUACAUCCCUUCUGACUCUUAAACGAGGAGGGUCGUAUAGCUUGGCCGCAACCCAUUAUGCCUACGAGCUUGAGACAGUGCGACUGACCGAGCAGGAUGUCCAUGGAUUAUUCCAGGAAUUUUUCAGCUGUUACCAUCCGUUCCUCCCCUUCUUGAACGAGCACCAGUCCCCUGACCUAUAUUAUCAGCAACAUGCUUUACUCUUCUGGACUAUUAUAGCCAUUGCCUCGCGGCGUUACCAUGCCAAGCCCAGUAUCUUACAUGAACUAUCGAGCGGCCCUCUAAAUAGACUACUUUGGGGCACUGUAGGCGAUGUACCGAAUAGCUAUUUCGUCGUUAAGGCUCUUUGCCUGUUAUGCACUUGGCCUCUGCCGACAAGCACGACGACAGCAGAUCCGACUCAUAUUUUAUGCGGUGUAAUGAUGAAAGCCGCCACAGGUAUCGGCCUGCACCGACCUAACCAUACCCAGGAUUUCUCUCGCGUAUCGGUGGAGCUAAACAAGGACCAGCUUCAUGACCGAGUAACAACCUGGGCCGUAUGUAAUAUUGUUGCCCAGUCUAUUGGGACUGGUUACGGCCAGCCGGCCACCUCUCUCUACGACUGGACAUUGGCGAUCCGCCCAGGCGAGGAUGGCCCAUUCACGCUUUCCCCUGAACUUGAAGCUAGGCUGAGAAUAGAGAGGUUUUGCGACAAAGUCUCCAAGGAAAUGUACAGUAACGCCAGCGAUCCCCGGGGGGUAGCCGGCGACGAGCACAGAGCCAUGCUGAUGCGGGUAUACCGCCGGGAUUUCCAGGAGUUACAAACGUCAAUCCUUUCGCAGCGUCUAUCGCCAAUUGUGGAGGUACACUUGUAUGCCGCCAACGUACACCUUCGCCUUGCCGGAUUCUUUGAUUCUAGCAGUACUCCUGGUUAUAUGGACGAUCUCAUGGGCCUGUGGCGUGCUAUUACAAGUUUCUUAGAUCUCCUAUUUCAAGACACGAACCAACAUAUACUAUUGUAUACCACUAAUUACAUCCAACAGAUGCUCGUCGCUGCCGGGUUUGCUCUAUUAAAGCUGAUGAGAUCCUUCUUCGCUAAAACGAUAGACUUCGAAAGGGGAAGGACUCUAUUUCAUAAGACCAUCAAUGCUAUUCGCAGGACGAGCGUGCUAGACAACGAUCUUCAAUGGAGGUUAGCGGAGCUCAUGGUCCAGAUGUGGAAUGGCGCGCGAAUAGAUAAUAAGAGCAACACAUCGUUCCACGAUGAUGACAGUUCUGUCCUUAUUGACGACAGUUUGCAAUUGAAGGUCCGAUGCAGGCAUAGCAUGAGUCUCGUGUUUGAUUCUAUCUGGCGCUGGAGGGAAGAAUACCAGGCCCAGGGCCGUGGGACUCUUGAUGGUAAGGCGAUUCCCCGAUUUCUUUCCUCUCGAUUAGUAUACCUCUCUCGCUUGGCUUGGGGGAUUAACUAAUGUCGAGCAGCCCUUAAACACCCAACUAACCCAGACUCAGGUAAUGAGUCUUCCGCAUCUUCCACACACAUGGACAGCACAUUAUUGCCGCAUAAUAACCUAACGAACUUGACGUCGAUGGCAACAAGUAACGGCGGUAUAACAC